GGUAUUGAUUACGAGGAGUGACUAAUGAAUCAGACGCGUCCCGCGAACGUUGCUUUUCACAACAUCUGUUCACGUUCAACAUGAGCUGUUAGAGGACGAAAUUGAAAUGAAGAUCUGCAAAAAACUGUUCCGUCCACGCGCGCCUACCACCAUCGAAUCUGCCGAGAAGGGUCUCAGGGGUCUGUACCUGGUGGACCUGAUCAGCGACUCGAUAGGCGGGCCCCUUGGACUCGGAGUGUUUGUCCUCUUGGGUUAUGUGGCCAGAACAGCAGGGCCUGCGGUUGUCCUCGCGGUCACCUUCGCAGCAAUAGUCGCGGGCAUUGCAGGUGCAUCCUACGCAGAAUUGGGCUCAACUUGCCGCAAAACAGGUGCAACGGCAGCAUUCGCCCUGAACUUGGCAGGUGCUGGAGAGCUAGUUGCGUUUCUCGUCACCUGGAAUCUCAUUGCUGACCUCGCGAUAGGAGCGGCGGCAGCAGCGAGGGGCAUACGUGCAACAAUUGACGUUGUUACUAAUAAUACUUUGUCUGGUUACUUCAUUAAAGUUGCACCGCUGCAUUCGGAUUCCACAGCAGACUAUGUCGAUUUUCUGGCCCUGGUCAUUCCUAUUGUAGCAACGAUAGGAUGCUCCGUGUUCCGCGAGUACAUGCUGCCCCGGGUGGCUGGGACGUUGUUCACUUUGGUUAUGUUUCUGUACAUGAUAUUUGGAGGCGCGUUUGUAGCUGAUAAUUCCAAUUGGUACAUUUCCCCGAUUUGUACUGCGCCUGGUGUGUGCGACGGAACUAUUGGAGAUGGAUAUUUUCUUCCCUUUGGAAUCACUAGCGUAUUUCAAGGAGCGUGCAUUCUCAUCGUCUCCUUCAUAGACCUGGGGAAGGGCGCUUACCCAAGAAGGUCUCUAUUGAACAACAAAGAAAGCCUGCCGCCCAUAUCAGUGUUGACUGGAUAUAUCAUUGGUUUCGUUUUCCUGUUCUUUGUUGGGCUGAUUGUAACCAUGAUGAAAGGAUACAAUUUAUUGGAAACUAUUCCAGAAGUAGUUGAUGUUUUCAAUGAAAUCCCGUAUCACGAAGGAAUCUGGAUUGUUGCAGUGGGCGCUAUCAUGAUCCUGUCCUUCACUGUUGAGACAUUUGCUUACACCAUCGCUGGAGAACUAAAUACCCUUUCCAAUGAAGGAGCUAUUUUCCAAUUUUUGGGAAACGUAGACAUUUUUGGCAAGAGGAGGCCUUUUUACGGAGUGCUCGCUAUAGGCAUUGCUUCAGGUCUCAUUGGAGCGUUUUUCUCUGAAGCGCAACUAGCGCAAAUGAUUUCCAUAGGCACCGUGGUUUCUUUUGGACUAAUAAUGAGUGUUUCCAUUAUCAAAAGAUGUGAAUACCAUGCCCACGUAGGUGAAAAAACCUCGAUUGCCAGCGUGGUUAAGCAGUUUUUGAUGUGCAAAAAGUUGGACGGACCGACGCAAGCCACAUCAUACGCAGCAAAGAUCGCGACAAUCUUUUAUAGCAUUGUGUGUCUCGGCAUCGGAGGGUUGGUUGCGCACUUCCCGGCGGAAAUUGGGUUAGGCAGCGUUUGGGCGGUUGUCACUUUGAUCGUCCUCUCCGUGCUUGCCUUGUACACACUCGUCGUUAUUGAGUUGCAACCAACGCGCAAAAACACUUCUGCCUUUCAGGUGCCGUUUUUCCCAUUUUUCCAAGCAGUGGGCCUACUCUUCACAUCCUUUUUGAUUAUGAACAUGCACGUCUGGGCUUGGUAUCGACUGGCGGCGUGGAGUGCCUUCGGUUUGCUGGUGUACAUGAUCAACUGGUGCGUCCAGCCGGACAGGUCAGAGCGGCCCAAAAGCAAAUCUGACUCCAACAGUGACGUGUCUGCCGCGGCCCUGGUUGCGAGUAAAUCAAGCAUUUCCACCAAAUCUAAGACAAGUGAUCAGGAUGCUGAGUUAAACGAGACAAUCGUAAGGGAACAACAGUGGAAGCCUGAAGACUUAAGACGUAACGGUUGGCUGCCAACUGGAGAAAGCGACAUAUGCAUCGGGCUAGUAGACAUUGACACACAAAGUUUUGCAUCAGAAUCAGUUAAAACUCAAGACGAGACAUCUGCGAUAGUGGAGGUGACCCUGCCCGAGAUUGUGGUGUCCGAAAUGCUUCAGGGCACUACUGCUGACAGCACUCCCACGUUUAGCAGGCAUGAGGACACGCCAGAAUUCUACGCGCGUCAGCUGGACGAUAUGUUCACGUUCGACGUGCCAGCUGAUACAGAUUCACACUGCGGCUCCUCCAUGGCCGGCGACAGCGUCAUCGAGGUGCACGCGGUGCCCGGGUCUCCGGCUUCCCCGCGUGUGGAUCAGGACACCGGCGAGUCACCUCCGGACGUGGAAACCGGUGAGUCGCCCGCGGAACCUCCAGAGGCCCGCAGUGUACAUUUCGAGACAGCCGCCUCAAUGUCAAGCGAUGACGAAAUGAUAGAAAACAACAGCGAAUUACUACAGACGGAGGAGGAAGUGGUAGUGGCACCGUCGAGUCCACGUCCCCCUCCCCUACCCCCUGCUAACGUGUUGAUUUCGACGCACCUCACGACCAGGUCUCGGUCGAUCGUGGAGCCGUUGGCUCAUGUGGUGCCUGAACCGCCGGAAGUGGAAGAAAACGAAAAUACGAGCCACCUGAACGACUUCCAGCUGGAGUUGCGCAACACGCUGAAAAUGCGCAACCAGAAAAUGAUCGACAGCAUCGACAACCAGGUGCUCAACGUGAAUGAAGGUAUCGAGAUUUUUGGGGGCAGAAGGAGCAGGAACACUUCGAUCUCGCAGCCGCCUGGCGAGGAUACCGAGGUGCCGGUCAUGAAAGCUGGCAAGUUCGAAAAUCACGCGUUUGUUGAGAAACUUGAUUCCAUCCUGAAGGAACAGGUGAGUGGCGCGGACAAGCGCGGUCCUCGGGCCAAAGUUUACAAGCAAAAGAGGGUGGUUUUGCAAGAACUCGCGAAUACCAAGCAGGAUGUGCCUAUAAAAUUGUCUUCGGCGGAACUGCUGUCGGCCAAAUCGAAAUUGCGUACGAGCACAGGCGAGAGUUCCAGUCUCGCCGGGGAUUUGAACAGCAGGAACAGUCAGAAAGUGCGAAUAACCGAGCCGGUGAAAGUGGCAAGCAAAGUCACCAAAUCUCUCGAGGCCCUGAGUACUAAUGUUGUGAUUAUCGAAUGAUAUACAUAUAUAAUACUAUAACAAUAUCUGUUAAAAUGUGAUUUGAAAACUCAAACGCUUAAAUGUUGCAGGUCCAUGUCUAUUAUUUUAAUUAAAAUUUCAACAACAACUGGUGAUGAACAAUGUAACUAUAGCGAUAUCGUUAAUUUAAUUUAGGUUAUCUUUUUUGUUUUUGAAUACAAUAAAUAGCAUGUUUUAAUGAUA